UUAGGAUGCAUAAAGGCGAUUAUUCAUGUGAACCGGAGAUGAGUAAGGAGAUUGCCAAUGAGCUGAUUUUCAUGGUCCAAGUUUUAUUUCGGCGUGGAUGCGCCACCUAAGCGGUGGACCCUCGAACCAGUCUCCCGUUUAUGAUUAGUCGAGUAUAUAUAGUAAUACUACGCGUCAUAUUCGUAUCCGUAGCUCCGUGAGACGCAUGGAUUUAUGUCGGGUGGCACUCAGUGCUUGGUCCACAAAAAUCGGCUCAUUUGCAAUCUCCCUACUUAUCUCAGUGUCAACGAUGCAAGAAACUUUUCAUAAGAAAACCUUGGACAGAUACAGUUGGACAAACUCAUUUGGCGAACACACGGAAAUUCAUUCGUAUAUAACUUGUACCGGCAACUACAAUUGCUGAUUCAGUGAAAACUCGCCCUCGUCGUGCUGCCCCUCAGUAAUGCACCGACAAACUAAAUAAUCGACGUCAAAGCUGUCAAAUAUGGCGAGAGCAACGAAAUGUAAUUGACAUGUAAAAAUGUGAAUAGGCGCCGUCAUAGUGAUUUGUGAUUGAAAGUGGCACCGUGAUGUGCUCGUUAGAACGUGUAUAAUGUAAAAGCGAAAUAGCGCGCCGGAAGUGGAUGUGUAAGGUACUCGUCCUCGGCAUAUUUGCGGCCGGGGCGGAAUAUAAGGGCAUGUUAAUCGAAGAACUAUGGGUGCCCAACAGACUAAAGACAGAGUGAUUCCUGCCGGGUCUGCAAUACGACAAACUCGGAAACAACCGAGGAACCCCAAGGAGUCUCGUAUUAUCGGAUCGAACAUUUUCACCGAGCACAGCGAGGCACUUCUGCAAAGUAGACCUCUACCUCAUAUCCCUGCAUUGCCUGAAGGAGAUCCUCCUAGUGGCUCAAGUGCUCAAUCAAUUUCUCAACAACCCAAUCUUCAGCAACAUGCCAGUGUAUCCAGUAGUGGACUUCUGGAAGCUGCCAAUAGGUGGACAAGCAAAGAAAAUCUCUUAGCACAGGAAGAAGACGAUCCGCAGUUAUUCGUAGCUCUUUAUGAUUUUCAAGCUGGUGGGGAGAAUCAGCUUAGUUUAAAAAAAGGGGAACAAGUUCGUAUAUUAAGUUAUAACAAAAGUGGAGAAUGGUGCGAAGCUCAUUCAAGUACUGGCCAAGUAGGCUGGGUUCCAUCUAAUUACGUCACCCCUGUAAAUUCUCUGGAAAAACACUCUUGGUAUCAUGGAAGAAUAUCAAGAAAUGCUGCUGAAUAUUUGUUGAGCUCUGGCAUAAAUGGCAGUUUCCUCGUUCGAGAAUCAGAGAGUAGUCCUGGACAGCGUAGCAUUUCUUUAAGAUACGAGGGCCGGGUUUAUCAUUACAGAAUUAAUGAGGACAGCGAUGGAAAGAUGUACGUUACGACAGAGAGUAAGUUUAAUACCUUGGCCGAGCUGGUGCAUCAUCAUUCUAUGCUAGCGGAUGGCCUCAUUACCCAGUUACUAUAUCCAGCACCGAAACAUAAUAAACCAACAGUCUUUCCUCUUAGUCCAGAGCCAGAUGAAUGGGAAAUCAAUAGAACGGAUAUCGUAAUGAGGCAUAAGUUAGGUGGAGGACAAUAUGGUGACGUAUACGAAGCUGUAUGGAAGAGAUAUAAUAUGACAGUAGCUGUAAAAACAUUAAAGGAAGAUACCAUGGCACUCAAAGACUUUUUAGAAGAAGCUGCGAUUAUGAAAGAAAUGAAACAUAGGAAUUUAGUGCAAUUACUAGGGGUUUGCACACGAGAACCUCCAUUUUAUAUUAUAACAGAAUUCAUGAGCAAAGGAAAUCUGUUGGAUUAUUUACGCAAUGAAAGCAAGCACCAGAUAAAUGCCGUUGUCUUGAUGCACAUGGCUACACAGAUCGCAAGUGGCAUGAGUUAUUUAGAAAGUCGAAAUUUCAUUCACAGAGAUCUGGCUGCACGAAAUUGUCUUGUCGGUGAAAAUCAUCUGGUAAAAGUCGCAGAUUUUGGUUUAGCUCGUCUCAUGAGAGAUGAUACAUAUACUGCUCAUGCUGGUGCCAAAUUUCCAAUAAAAUGGACAGCCCCCGAGGGGCUGGCUUACAAUAAAUUUUCGACUAAGUCUGAUGUAUGGGCAUUUGGGAUAUUAUUAUGGGAGAUAGCAACGUAUGGUAUGUCUCCAUAUCCUGGUGUCGAUCUAACGGACGUCUACCACAUGCUAGAGAAGGGCUACAGAAUGGAGUGUCCUCCUGGCUGCCCACCGAAAGUCUAUGAAUUGAUGCGUCAAUGUUGGCAAUGGUCUGCCUCUGAGCGUCCCACCUUCAAGGAAAUACAUCAUUCCUUGGAAAAUAUGUUUCAAGAGUCCAGUAUUACAGAGGAGGUAGAGAAACAGCUACAAGGUGGCGGUGAGAUUCCUUUGUUAUCCUACAAGAAGACGCAGACAGGGAGCACAGGGAAUAUACACGGUUUAGUGCUCGUAUCGGAUCAAUUGUCUACAUCAGGUUUAACUCAAGACGGCGUAAGUACGAUUAAUAAGCUAAGUACUUUCAUGGGAGGACUCUCGAGCAAAAGCAACAGCAAUAUUGUUCAAAUGCGACGUUCCACAAAUAAGAAAGGAAAACAGGCCCCAGCUCCACCGAAACGUACCAGUCUACUCUCGUCAUGCAGCUCUUUCCGGGACUCUGCCUACCAGGAACAGGACCAACAGAGUACUGACGUAAGCGCGGUGACACUUGAUGAUGGCACAGAUCUAAAUGGUAUUGAUAAGAUUUUUGAAGGUAUCACGCGAGAUCUCGUGACAAUGGCCACACAGUCAAUUACCACAGGAGGUUGCGAGGCGGACGACGAUGGAGAUGGGUCUCAGGGAACAGCCGAGGGGAAUUUCCCACCUCAGCCAUCCACCUCGCCAGAACCUGUAUCCAACUUACAGUGCAAUCAGAAACAAAUUAAAACACGACCCUACCCGUCUAAGGAAGUACUACCGCAGAAGUUGGUGCACGUGGGAGCCCUGGAGGUGCAAAACGUUAAAAGGGCUAUCAAUCGCUACGGUACCCUGCCGAAGGGUGCUAGAAUUGGUGCCUACCUGGAAUCUCUUCGACAGAGUGGAUUGCCUUCUAAUCAGGAAGGUGUCGCCGUGGCGUCCCCACUCUCCGGUGCCGUGGAGCAUCACGAAAUCGCCAGCUCCGUGGAUACACCUCAGCAUCGCUCUCUUUCACCCCGUCAAAACAAUCUACGCAAUCAGCCGCAAAUGACACGCAGUAACUCUUCAAGUGGUGUGGUAAGCACCUAUCAACCGCCUAAUUCGCCAAGAAGCAGGGCUGUAGCUGCUAGGAAGAACAACACUGAGAGUAUUGGCCUGAGGACCUUCCGCGCACCUAAUACAUCCACCUUUAGAACUGCCAGUCCCUCGAGAUCGGUACAGCCUACAUUGGCUGAUUUGGAAUUUCCACCGCCACCGUUGGACUUGCCACCUCCACCUAACGAACUAUUCCCACCCGUGGAUCAAUGUGAUUUACCUCCUCCUGUGACAGCAUCACCAAGUGGCGAUACUCAUAUGAAGAUUACAGGAUCGCCUGUAGGUAUCAGAAAGGUGAAAACAGAAUGGAAGUCUAAGGACGAUGCUACAGAUGACCAGGAAGAGAGAAAUAGUGACGUAAGGAAUGUGGAACCUUCUGUAAAGGAAGCUAGUUCGCGAUUUGGAGUCAGUCUCAGACGUCGGGAACCUUCUGGUGAAGUACCCUGUAACGCUGGUAAGCCAAGUGACGAUAAAAAAGUCCCGUACAGAGCUAAGGAACCUAAUCCAAAUACUAAAAUGGAAAUAACCGCUCCUAUUUCUCCUCCUGACGAAGCACCACCUCCACCGCCUUUGCCUCCACCGCCGCUAUCUUCAGAUAACAUCGCGAGUACAUUUAAUUCAAAGCCGGGAAUGAAGGAGAUGCUAGAAUUAAAGCUCAUAAAUGAAAUAAAGCAAAGUGCUGACAUGAAACAUGGCAGUUUAACUAAAAAAGUCAAUGCUUCUCACAGUACAACUUCAGUACCCCUUGACCCCGCCUCACAAUUGCUCUCUGAAUUAUGCGCUAGCUUCAGCAUGGACGCUAACAAGCACACGUUUCAAAAUGAAUAUGCAAUCUCCACAUUGAAGAUCACAGACAGUUCCACUGUACCCCAGGAACAUCAUUUAUCCGGUCAAAGUGCUCCUGAGAAGUAUGGAUCCUACAAAGAAGUGCAUGCAGCUUUACCGAUAACUGAAGGCAUCCUGAAUACCGGAAACGUGGGCUUCAAAUUGAAGCGAGUGGAUAAGAGAACUAAUACCCAGAAGGAGGAAAACGUAGAUGGUCAAAUAAUCGAUUUCAAAGCUCGACUACGAAAGGUGGACAACGUCGAGAAGCCUGCAGAAGAAAAGGGAACUAAGCGUUUCGAAGAAGUCAGCAGUGGUAUUACAGACUCCACAGAAUCCAUGACGGACGAUCCGGCAGACGAUAAACGUCGAAGCACGGGAAGUAUCAGUAGCUUGAAAAAGCUGUGGGAAAAUAAAGAAGCUACUGGUGAUAAUCAACCACUGAGUCCUAAGUUAAGUACGAGAGGUGCAAGUAAGCAGGAUAUCGUUGAUCCUGGUGAGGAUUCUCCAGAAGAUCAUAGCGGUGCAUCUACUCGUAGUUCAACAAGUAAAGAAUACUCAAGAGUAUGGCCUCCUGCAGCAUCUGUCGAAGUGGAGAAACCUGUUGUCCCAGCUAAACCACCAAAAGCCCUGGUGUCUUCGAGUAAGCAUUUUGCAUCUUCUAUAUACGCAACGCCAAAUUGUAACAAGCCACAGACUGAGGAAGAGACUGCAAAGCAGGCUGCCGAAUCUAAGGGUGCAAAGCACAACGUGAUGGAAAUUUCAAACGUGAUUGAAACCAGUAUCUUAAAUCUUAAAGGGAGCCCCACUAUAAUAAUGGCUAGUUGGCUUCAGCUGUCCGACAAAGUAGGCUUACUUCAUGGGAUGUGUGUCAAUCUCACGGACACUGCUAUAGCGCCUCACGCGAGGUUUCAAUUUCGCGACCUGCUCACCCGUUUGGAAUUGCAAGCGAGACAAUUGCGAGCUGCCGGUACACGCAAUAUCAUAGAGAACACAAGACUACUGAGUGAGGUUCAAAACACGAUAAAGGACGUAAUGAACACGGUACAGAGAUAAAGAAUCACGUUCGAUGGCAAAGAAAUCAAAAGCGAAGUUACGUAUUUCCUUAUUGAGUUUCUGUGGGGAGACGAAAGUAUAUGUAACCUGAUCCGAAGAGGUACUUGCUGCAACUAGGGUGAAUAAAAUAAUUGAGAUCGCACUUUAAUAGAUAUACAUAUAUUAAAAGAUGAACAAUUUUAUUCGAACAAGGUGAAAUUGUUCUGUAAUCGAAUAUUACGUUUUGAUUGAUAUCCUCUUAAACACAAUUAUGUACUCAAAUACUGCUAUUCAGUCAGUUCUCUCGUAUCAGUGCGUUAAAAAGUAUCUUAAUUGUACAGGGUGUUUCAUUUAACGAGUCUAAUAGGAUUGUGGCUUCACCCGAGCGGUCACGUCCAUGUAUCCCCAUUACUCUGUACUCUUACAGUAUCACGAGGUCAGAAGUUCAGUCUCAUUUUCCAUUUCUUAGUCGAAUUGAAAUCUCCCAAAUAAUGAGGAAGCACAGGUGUACUUUCUUAAUACGAAGCCAUAACCUUGUUGGGCGUCUUAGACGGAACAUCCUGUAUAAAAGCAUAAUGCUUGUAAAAAUGUCAUCUUGUCCUUUAAACCCAUCCGUUUUGGAUACUCCUAAAUCUGCAGCUGUUCUAACUCAAAGCUGAUUAUUCGAUUCACCCUAUAUGUAGGUACACACAUAUAUAUAUUUAUAUAUGUAUCCAAGUCAUUAGCGAGAUCCCUCAAAAGACUAUUCCCUCUAUUUCUGAAUCUCUGUUUUUCCGGUAUCCUGUUACUCUCUAUCUCAUGGAUCACAGACAUCGCGUUUGUAGCGACAUCGAAUAACUAAUGUGAAUAAAUUUUACGAAUAAUGAUUUUUCAAAACGUAAUUAUUCUAUAACGAGUAUUAUUCUUCGUAUUAGAAAGCGGAGGUGUCUCCGGUCUCAAGUUAAAUCUACCAAAAAGUAGCUGUUCGUUGCCAUGUGGUAAACGGAAGGAUGGAUCAUGCUAUUUCAUGUAUUUCGUACGCGAUCAUUAAUCACAUUUGUUUCGAUAAUUGACAUGCAAAUUGUACACUAUAUUAUAUUCAAAGUACAAAGGAGAUACUUGGCUUCGAAAUUUUCAAUCAGAAUUUAUUGAUCAUGGUGCAAUAAAUGCAUUUGGGCCUGGAGACAUGGCCUUAUCAUAUAUACAUUCUGCAUGGUCUGAACCAGCUUUAAGGGAAAAUUCAAAGCUAUACUAUGCAAUAGUAAAUAUGAAAUUUACAAUUAAUCAGAAUGAAUGUAGUGUGCCGGCAUGAAGGGGUUUAUCAAGAUGCGAUUUAGAUACGUGAAUAAACAAAAAAAAAUGAGAAAUAAAAUAAUACGCGAAUGCAUCGAAGCAUCAUGAAGACACAAAGCCAUUUUAAAUUGCUAGGUAUUAAUUUUUCAAUUAAGUUGCUUACCUAUCAUACCACCAUCUCAUUUUACAUGUAAUUUUAUACACAUCACGAAUAUUGCUUAGUAUAUACGAUACGCGAGAUUUUAGACUAGAUUAUAAAUACGAAAGUUACUGUUAAGUCAUUUUAUGUGUACCGUGGGACAAUAUAACAAUUUUGUAUUUGUAUAGAACAAGUUGUAUAACGGCUAUAUUAAUUGUACGCCUAUAUGAAUUAUCCAGAACAUGAAGCAAAUUCAAUGUGACUAAUCGGAAUUUUAAGUGUCGUGUGCUCCAUUUUGCACCGAGGGAUUAUAUGCGAAGGUUCUUCCAAGUCGUGUGCUAGAAGACUGGAUUUGGAAACUUCCAUGGGACUCUUUCUGUCAGUAUCAGACUGUUUGGAAUAUCAAGACGUAAAUACAGUUUGUGGAAAAGUGAACGGAUAAUAAUUGCAUGGGAGUUUUCAAGUGUAUGUUUUUGCUAAGACUGCGCUACGCGUUAAGGCGAAUGCAAUAGAACUGGAUUAAAAGGAAAAAAAAGAAAAUAUCAUCGAUGAAAUUCUACUUCUUAUGACACUGCCUAUAUUACAUGUUAACAGCUAAGUAGUACAGUAUUGAAUUCGUCGAUAUCCUAAGGACUAUAAAAACGGCAAAUUCGGCACAGUA